AGCCGAACUCUCGUCUCGUCCGUAAUCGAAAAGAACGUGUGAGGCAGAGAUGACAAGUACGCCUGCGCGGGUCCUUUGGCGAGGAAAGGUGAUUCCCGGCAGAAGCCCUGCGACACAGAGGACGCCUCACUGGGACUCGCUGCGCGGGACACUCAGAACCGUGGUGGCACAAAAAGGCCAGUGAUAGACCUCAUGAGACUUUCCCGGCUCUUUUUUGGCCCCCACCCCAUAGGACUGUCUAUCCUUCAACACUUGGAUCUUCUUGGCUCUAACGGAUGGAUAGGAGGCAAGGAGGGACUUUCACAGCUGAGAGCAGCAUGGCCACGUUGGCAGGUGUCAGCAGCCUUGUGCACCUCUUCCUCCCACCUGCCCCUGGGCCAAGGAAGCCAGAACAUGAGCAGCCUGUGCUCUGACUCCAGUAAGCACGGCACUGUGGCCUCUCAGGACGAGGACGAUGAUGAAGAGAGCUUUGGGACCCUCUCUGAUAAGUACUCCUCCCGGAGACUGUUCCACAAGUCCACAGCCCAGCUGUAUAACCUGCAGCUCAAGGAGCAGGGUGAUGAGGAGGAAGAAUUGGAGCCCAAACGGUGGCAGGGCCGGAAGAACACUCCGUACUGGUACUUCUUUCAGUGCAAACAUCUGAUCAAGGAAGGAAAGCUGGCAGAGGCCCUGGAUCUGUUUGAGAGGCAGAUGCUGAAGGAGGAGCGCUUGCAGCCUCUGGAGUGCAACUAUACGGUGCUGAUUGGGGGCUGUGGGCGCGUCGGCUACCUGAAGAAGGCCUUCAGGCUCUAUAAUGACAUGAAGAAGAGAGACUUGGAGCCCUCAGACGCCACGUACACAGCUCUGUUCAAUGUCUGUGCGGAGUCCCCCUGGAAGGACUCUGCCCUGCAGAGUGCCCUGAAGCUCCGACAGCAGCUCCAGGCCAAAAACCUGCAGCUCAACCUGAAAACAUAUCAUGCCCUGCUGAAGAUGGCCGCCAAAUGUGCAGACCUCAGGAUGUGCCUUGAUAUCUUCAAGGAAAUCAUCCACAAGGGGCAUGCAGUCACAGAGGAGACCUUCUGUUUCCUGCUCAUGGGCUGUAUCCAGGACAAGAAGGCAGGCUUCCGGCAAGCCGUGCAGGUGUGGCGACAGAUGCUGAGUCUGGGGAUCAAACCAACUCAGCAUGGCUAUAACCUCCUGUUGGGGGCAGCUCGAGACUGUGGUCUGGGGGACCCAGAGGUUGCCUCUAGGCUGCUCCUGAAGCCUCAGGGAGAGACCAUCCUGCUCCAGCCCCCAGCAGGCAGACCUCAGACAGGGAGGAAAGUGCAGGCCAGGGCAAAGGAAGGUGUGUCAUUUAGACAUGUGGAGGCAUUGGAGAGGCAAUUGUUUCUGGAACCGUCUCAGGAACUUGAGGGGCCUCCAGACUUCCCUGAAACUGUGGUAACAAGAAGGUCCCAGCCUGAGGUAGAAACUAAGGCAGAACCUGGCCACAUAGUAGCCCAUACCCAACUGGCCCUGAAGCCUCCCCCGUCAGAGCUGGAAGUCAAUAUCCUGAGUCUUGAGACUCUCUCCCCAACUGUAGUCUCCUUUGGGACAGUGGCCACACCUGCUGAUAGGCUGGCCUUGAUGGGGGGCCUGGAGGGGUUCCUGGGCAAGAUGGCAGAACAUGGUCUCCAGCCGGACAUCAAAACCCUCACUCUGCUGGCUGAGGUGGUGGAACCUGGGAGCCCCUCGGAGUCCUCACUGCUGACCAUCUUGGACAAGUAUGAGGUAGAGGCCGAUGUGACCUUCUUCAACACGCUGAUUAGGAAGAAGAGCAAGGUGGGAGACCUGGAGGGAGCAAAGGCACUGUUGCCAGUACUGGCAAAGAAGGGAAUUGUUCCCAAUCUGCGGACUUUCUGCAACCUGGCCAUUGGGUGCCAUAGGCCCAGAGAUGGUAUGCAACUGCUUGCAGACCUGAAGAAAUCCCAGAUGGUCCCUAACACCCACAUCUACAGCACUCUCAUCAAUGCGGCCCUCAAGAAGCUGGACUAUGCCUAUCUCAUUGAGAUCCUGAAGGACAUGAAGCAAAACAGUGUCCCAGUGAAUGAAGUAAUCAUCCGCCAGCUAGAGUUUGCUGCUGAGUACCCUCCCACCUUUGACCGGUACAAAGAGAAAAACACCUACUUGGAGAAGAUCGAUGGCUUUCGAGCUUAUUACAAGCAGUGGCUAAAAAUGAUGCCAGCAGAGGAAGCCCCCCAACCCUGGCAGGAAUUCCAGACGAAGCCUAAGGGGAACCAAGACAACACUGGGAAUGCCGGUGUCGGUGGAGGCUUUAGGGACAGGUGAUGGAGAGCGCUGCUAUGACAAGUACCCAGCUUUUACAGUACUGCUUAUCACCUUUCUAGGGGCACUGCAGCAUUUUACAGGCACAGGUGUGAGGAUAAAUGCUGGACCCAGAGGACCCAAACAAUCCCAGGUUGCCCUCUCCAUCACUGGUGAGAAAGUGUCUAUGACAUUGAAACUGCUGGUCUGAAAGAAUGAAUAUAGCCAAGAGGUCUAAAGGUUUUAUUUUUACAGAUUUCAGCUAGUGAAGCCUUCACCUGUAGAGCCCAUGCUCCCUCUGGGUCUCUUCUCUAGGCACCACUCUGAGAAGAGCUCCUUCAGGAGGAGGGUAGCCCAAUAAGGCAGGAGCCAACGAGGUCCAAAGUCCAGAAUGUAGAGAGGGGUGUCAGCCAGAGCAACCCCGGCAGCCACAAUGCGUGCACUCAAUGAUGCGACCCUGUAACAGAGGAUGGGGACAUUUGCAUACACUGCUACAGCCCUGCACAUACCUACUGGGACCUGCUGUACAGGGUGCUGGUGGGACACAUCUUGAGGCCACUGGAGCAGUAGGUGUACACUUUUAAGUUCCUGUGGCCAGAACAGUCUUGUACCAAGGGCAUAGUGGCUGGCUGUGGGACUGGAGCAAUGCUGUCUUUACUUUGUUUUCUGGAGACCAAGAACUCAUUUUAAGCAAAUAAAGUUCUCUGGUAAAACUCUGCUAAA